AUGACAGAACAUAUUCCAUUAUGGAGGUUCUGUGGAAGAGCCAUGGGCUUUUCUGUCAUGGAACGGUUUGUUAUCAGUGUCGUUGAUGAGGCAGGGAAUCAGUAUGCUUUAAAAGAUUGUUGGGUGACAGAGGAGAAGAGAAUGCACGAAACGACCAUCCUGGAGAUGGUCAAGGGCAUCCCUAACGUUGUCCAACUCGUAGACCAUUGGGACGUGUAUUAUGAAGGGGAGCCUGACAGCACAGCACACAUUUGCAGCCAAUACGACAUUGGCCAUCAGGAUGACUUGAUGUUCCGCAACAGAUUCCACCACCGCAUUCUCUUGUCCCCCUUUGCUCAUUACAUGAUGAUUGAAAAUCCCAAUAAUUUUGUUGUUCAUGAAGGUAUCGGUUACUUCAUCAAUUUCGAUCAUGCCUCAAUUCUAGAGGAAGGCAAGACUAGCACCUAUUUGCAUGGUACAGGGACCAUGCCAUACAUUUCCAUCUGUAUUCUUCAGGCUAUGCUGGAUCUAGCCCCACUUGAGGUUGGCGCCAACAUCCCAGGCCAGGAUGCUGACCUGAACAACGUGGAUGAUUCCAAGGUGGCCAACAAUGUCGACCUUGUUCCGCAGGCUGCCAAUGCUCUGCAGAAUGUCAACUUCGAUACAAAUCUAAUCGAACACCGGCCUAGCGAUGACCUCGAGUCCUUAUUUUAUAUUUUUUUCGAGUUUAUUGCGAAGUAUGGGGGCCCACAUGGCCAAUUGGCAUCCACCUGGUCCUGUCAAACUUUGCCAUGGGCAAGCACUUAUGAAGCUCUGGGCAAUGCAGAUACCAGAUUCUUGGUUGCCAAGACAUCCAAAUACUUUGCGGAAUUCCGACCUCUCAUGCAGAAAUGGGGCGCCAUGGUUUACGAUGCAAAUGCGCCCCAAAAUCAGAACAAUCCCAGAGUCUUCAUCCCCGCACAGCAGCAGCAUCCCAGAGUCUUCACUCCUGCACAUCAGCACCCCAUGCCUGUCAAAUCCCCCCAGCAGGGCCAUCUGAGCCUUUACUGUGUUGUUCUGCUCAUCUUAGCUCAGCAAAUCCUUCGAUACCCUCUACAGCACUUUACAAGCCUUUGUCAUCUUCGUUCCCCAGGGGAAAAAAAGAAGAACAUGGACGACUCAGACGACUCGGAGGAGGCAAUGAGAAUCUCGACACUUCCCACCUUGUCACUCGAUGCCUCCGAAGAAGAGGGCCAGGCACUCAUACAAAUUCUCCGAGGAUCUACACAAGGCCAAGGUGGCCAUGCAGACCAGUUGAAAAAAACUGGCAAAACCUUAGCGGCCCCAGCGAGGAAAGGUCGGAAGGAGACCAAUCUUGACAUUAGUGAUGCAGAGGAAAACCCCAUGGCUCCUUCCCAGCUCCGGAAACUGAAGAAAAAUGCUACUACUAAAAGCUCCCUGACCGGGAGCUCCAAUCCUACUCAGUGUUCCAUUGGUAUCAACAAGAAUGUUCAUUCUGGACACCAGCAACCUAAUUCAGGACACAACAUUCUGGCGCAUCUCUCCGAACAGCCUCAAGUGCAGCUCAGUCUUCAGCCCACUUCGACUGGCAGUCAGAACAUCCGGAAGGCAUCAUGGUCCAAUGAGCGUACCCGUGACUCGGAGGAGGAGGCUGGAGAUCAAGCUCCAGAACAUGGUAUCGGUGAUGAUGACGACCAGGACCAGGACCAAACUGACAGGGGAACUGAGAAAAGGGACGGAGCUCAGGACCAGGAGCAAACACUUGAAAUAGGCGAUACCACGGACUUCAGACAACAUGAAGACAAUUUGUAUGGCGAGUAUGGAGGUGAAGCUCAGGAAGAUGGUCCGAGUCAAGGGAUUUCAAUCAAGGUAUUGAUGGGAAUUUUGACGACGAGCAUGGCACUCAGGACAGGUGGUUUUCAUGAUGAUUUCAACUACGAGCUCAACGACGCAGCCAGAGACGAAACAGAGGAAACGCGACCUCCUAAAUUGUGUCCCAUCUACACGCCCUUCUUCCUCCUGCAUGCACUCUCGCCAUUCUACACACUCAAGGUCUCCAUAUGGGCAUUCAGCAUCACCUCAUACACACGUAUCUCAGUGUGCCCCCCACAUGCAGUCUCCUCAUCGGCGCCCUCCAUCCAAGGGAAAAAGAAGCACAAGGCCAAGACAGUCCAAGAGGACCCCACAAAGCUCGGCUUUUACCCACCUGCCUGGCAAGCAUUUUUACAGGCAAUCAUUGAGAUGCGCUACAACUUGUGCAAGAAGUUCUUGACACUGAAUUGUGGAUGUACCACAAAAAAAAUCAAAUUGGACAAUGGCUAUUUCCCGCAGUACACGACACAGAUGUCAUGGCUGCUCUGCGAUGAUCUAUUUACGUUUCGCACGGAGCUGAAGAAAGUUGUUAUAUCCAUCACGAAAGCAUCAUACAAUAUUUUCCCGAAGGGCACCAUGGCGCGCAAGGACGAGGUAAAAAAAUGUGUCAUUGUGAAGGCCACCAAGUUACUCAAGACCGGUGAUUAUCUUCAUGUUCCUGAUUCAUCUAAUGGCAAAUGGAAGAAUUUUGUCUCGCAAGCUCUCAGGGAUGGCUGCCUCAAAUUCUACUAUGGUAAUAGCAAGAAAGCCCUCAAGAGCACAGAUAAAUUUCGAUGUGCAAUACCUGUCAAUGGGCUGCUUCUUGUGGGCGCUGUGUCAUUGACAAAUCAACAGACGAAGGGCGUCCUCACUGGGUUUCACGAGACCGGCACUGACAAAGUCCCAGACCUCUCCACAGAUAAAUGUAGGGCUGACUUCGACUUGUUGCAGAGGUCUGUAGAUGCACUUCUAAAAAUUCCUGACUGUCGCGUGGAGCUCGAGGAGAUGUUGGAACAGUGGGCUAUGAUUGGGGCGGGUGACCUUGAUUUUGACAAGGACAAUACAGGAGGCAGUGACAUGAAGGAUGUCAACAUCAUCUUAUAA